AUGGGCGACAACAUACCAGCCGCGGCCGAUGGCUUACAAGCCAAAGGCAAGAAACAAAUCAUCUUGAACGCAUUCGUCAUGAAUACUCCAGGCCACUUAUCUCCUGGAUUCUGGCGACAUCCCAACAACAAAACGGACCAGUACACAAAACUGUCAUUCUGGACAGACCUUGCGCAACUCUUGGAUAAAGCACAGUUUCACGCCAUGUUCAUCGCAGAUACUCUGGGGCCAUACGAUGUAUACAAGGGGCCUGCAAACGUCGUGCCCGCAUUGGCGUCUGGCGCUCAGUAUCCAGUCAACGACCCAUUGUACCUUGUUCCUGCAAUGGCAGCCGUGACAAAAAACCUGAUUUUUGGCGUUACAGCCAGCUUGACCUAUGAGAAGCCUUAUGCACUUGCUCGACGUCUGUCUACCGUAGACCAUUUGAGCGAGGGCCGUGUUGCUUGGAACAUUGUCACAUCAUAUCUCGACAGCGCAGCUCGCAACCACGGGCUCAAGGAGCAAAUCCCUCAUGAUGAGAGAUACGCCAUUGCUCACGAGUACAUGGAAGUGCUCUAUAAACUGUGGGAAGGGAGUUUCCGGGAUGACGCAGUUCUUCGAGACCGCGAAAGCGGCACAUACAUUGCAAGCGACGGCGUUGUUCAGAUACUGCACAAGGGCAAAUAUUUCGAGGUGCCCGGGCCCCAUUUCUGCGAGCCGUCUCCGCAGCGCACUCCAUUCCUUUUCCAAGCAGGCGUGUCGGAGGCAGGCAAUGGUUUCGGAGGAAAGCAUGGAGAGGCCAUCUUUGUUGGUGGCCAGACGCCAGAGGGCGUAAGAAAGACUGUCGAUAACAUACGAGAUGUAGCACGAAAGGAAGGGCGGAAUCCAGACCAUAUCAAGGUCAUUGUUGGUAUGCUCAUCAUCGUUGCUGCAACAGACGAAGAGGCUCAGGCCAAACGGGAAAGCUAUCUCCAGUACGCCGACCAAGAAGGCGCUUUAGCUCUAUUCGGUGGAUGGACUGGAGUCGAUCUUUCUGGCUACUCUGACGAUGAAGAUUUUCGCUUCACAGAGUCUCCAAGAUUGCAGUCCAUUGUCAGAAGAUGGUCAGACACUGUCCCAGGUACCGACAACCUUCCAUGGACAAAGAGAAGAAUUGUGGAAUAUCUCAGCCUAGGCGGCCUUGGGGCAAAGGCAAUCGGAAGCCCAACAACAGUAGCGGAUGAGCUGGAGAGGUGGAUUGAGAUAUCCGGAGUAGAUGGAUUCAAUCUGGCUCACGUUACAAAUCCGGGCAGUUUCGAGGAUAUCAUCGAGUUUCUUCUUCCUGAGCUGAGGAAGCGAGGCGUAUUCCGGAGCGAUGUUGAGAAAGAGGGCGCAACGGCAAGAGAAGUGUUCAUUGGGUCGAAGAGGCUGCCAGAGGAUCAUCCGGGCAGCCAGUACAAGUGGCAAGCCGGCGAGGCUCUGCCAAAAUAUCGUCAGGGAGAAGACGGAAAGACGGCUAGCGACUAA